GGCGGGAAUAAGUGCAGCCGAAAACAUGGACGUGGAGAUGAAUGAGGCAGAUUCUGAGCAAAUUCAAACAGAAGUUCAACCGAAGAAAGAUGAGGCCCCUGUGUCUAGUAGUGGAUAUGAGCUGCCAUGGUAAGGUUUACUAGUUAGACUAGUUGCAGUAUUUUUGUAUUUCUUAGCGGACGGAAAUCGCUCAUCACGGCUAGUAGUGCUAAUGGCUAAUUUAGCUAACUAACGUUAGCUAGCCAGCACAGGCAUGAGUACAGAUGCUAACAUUGUACUUAGCUAUGAAAACAAACCCAUUGUGCAUGCCUCUCAAAAAGUAUGUAGAUAGCUUGCUAUGUAAUGUUAUGUCAAAUGUACUGGUAACUAGCUAUGCUUUAAGCAUCUCAUAGAGCAACAGCUCGCUCGCUAGCUAACUGUACUAGUGCACGUUUUGCAAUAAUAUUAAUUUGGUGGGUGCUAUUUCGCACAUAUACAAGUGUGUUUUAUACACAGGCGUGAAUUGGAAUUUUUUUUUUUUUUUUGCAUAUCCCAACUCCCCCUGAGACACCCUCGCGGAGAGUGCGGUUACAGCCCGGCCAUGCUAAAGGGCACAUCGACAGAUUUUCACCUUGUCGUCUCGGGAAUUUGAAAUAGCAACCUUUCAGGACUGGCCCAAUGCUCCAACCACUAGGCUACCUGCCGCCCAUAUCUACCCUCCAUAUAUAUCCAUAUAUUGGGUUAAUCACUAUGAAUUGGUUGUUGCUGAUAGCUAUGCUUGUUCUGAAUAUCUCACAGGGUUGAAAAAUACAGACCCUUGAAGUUGAAUGAAAUAGUAGGCAACGAGGAGACUGUUAGCAGAUUGGAGGUAAAGUAUCCUCAAUAUUUUAUGUUACAGUAGUUGGACAGUUUCAAUUCAUUUGAUGCUAAAUAAUAGCUAACUAUAUGAAUUCUUGUUCCAUUCUCUCUUACAGGUGUUUGCUAGAGAGGGAAAUGUACCCAACAUCAUUAUUGCAGUGAGUGACCUAACAUUAUUCAUUCUUUCAUCAUAACUAUUUGAUAUUACAUACUGACAUGUUGGUGCAGCAGAGUAAUAGUAUGCAAGUUAUGCCAUCUUUCAUAUACGAUCUCUUUUUAAACAUAAGUAUCAAUAUUAUAGGGUCCCCCCGGUACAGGGAAGACCACUAGUAUUCUGUGUUUGGCACGUGCUCUUCUGGGCCCAGCCAUGAAAGAUGCUGUCCUGGAACUGAAUGCCUCCAAUGACAGGUGAGUGCAAGUGAAGUCUACCAUGAAAAAUGUCUGGAAUACUUAAGUGCACAACCUGUGAGUCCAGGAGGUGCAUUUUGGGUUAAAAUCACGUUGUGUUUCUUUAGAAAGUGAAGCCUACGCUAACACAUUGUCAUCCAUCUUCCUCAGAGGCAUCGAUGUAGUUCGAAACAAGAUCAAGAUGUUUGCCCAGCAGAAAGUCACCCUCCCUAAAGGGAGACACAAGAUCAUCAUCCUGGAUGAGGCUGACAGGUAAGUCAAGUGAGGGUCACGACAUCUAAGCUGAAAGCUGAUCUAGUGUACCUGUACGUAUAAUGGCUGUGUCUGUAAAGGAUGUGCUUAUGUCUCCAGUAUGACAGACGGAGCCCAGCAGGCCUUGAGGAGGACCAUGGAGAUCUACUCUAAAACCACACGCUUCGCUCUGGCGUGCAACGCCUCCGACAAGAUCAUCGGUGAGUGUCCUGACUUUAGUUGAUUUAAUUUUUUAUUAAUUUCUUUAAAUAAUUUCUUACUUAUUUUUGUAAAAAUCUGCAUUGUUGGUUAAGGGCUUGUAAGUAAGCAUUUCAUGGUAAGGUCUACACCUGUUGUAUUGGGCGCGUGUGACAAAUAACAUUUGAUUUGAUUUAACAGUUCAACACAAUGAUGCUGUCGUAUUGAAUAGGGACCCUACUGUAAGCGACAGUCACAUUACAAAACCAACCUGGCUUUUCACUGUCGUGAUGGUAAUCCAUGUUGCUGUGCCCCCUCCUCCACAGAGCCCAUCCAGUCACGUUGUGCAGUCCUGCGCUACACCAAGCUGAGGGACGAGCAGAUCAUGAUGCGUCUACUGGAGGUGGUGGAGAGGGAGAACCUGGUCACCAGCAACGACGGCCUGGAGGCCAUCAUCUUCACCGCCCAGGGAGACAUGAGACAGGUGGGGAAAAGAGCCAACUGUCCUCAACCUCCAUGUUGGCACCAAGGGUUCCAUGAGAAUAGCAUUCUUGUUACCAUUGACUAGAUUGUGAAUGUCUUAGGAGGUUUGGGUGUAAACAUGGCUGAAGUUUGUUGAACGAUGUAUAUCCAUGGCUCCUCAUAGUGCCUCGUACUUUUGGGUCAAGUUUGGCUGAGACGUGUGAAACUAUAUAUCAUAACUUAAGCUGUCUUUUUUUGCAUCAUCAGGCACUGAAUAACCUACAGUCCACAAAUUCUGGGUUUGGCUACAUUAACAGUGAGAAUGUGUUCAAGGUACAGUUAUGUUAUCUAACCUGUAUUUUUCAGUCAUUUUAGAAGGCAAAGUUGACAAAAUGCCUAGCUCUGUUUCGAAGGAAAGAAUAGUGAAGAAUUGUUUGUUUUUGCUCAGGUGUGUGAUGAGCCACACCCCCUGUUGGUGAAAAGCAUGCUGGAACACUGUGUCAAUGCAAACAUUGAUGAGGCUUACAAGGUAUUGCAAUCCACAUUCAAUAACAAUAGACAUAAUAAGUAUAAUCAUAUGGCUCUCAAUGAAUAACCCUUAUUUCUGUAGCCUUUAAACAUGGUUCAGUUUAGGAUAUAGUAUGAUCAAAUAGCUGAUCAUAUUGCUUGCUUAGAUUAUUGAGCAGCUGUGGGCCCUGGGUUACUCCCCUGAGGACAUCAUCGGUAACAUCUUCAGAGUGUGUAAGACUUUCCAGAUGCCUGAGUAUCUCAAGCUGGAGUUCAUAAAGGUAAGAUACAUGAAAAAACAUUUUAAGUCUGCAGUUGUAUAUUGUUAUGCAUGUCUCUGGUUAUGUCAGAUCCUUUCCUGUGUUUUCUUCAUCUUCCUUUUUUCCUGAAAUGAUUUAGUUGGGAAAACAGAAUGGCAGAAAAGUGCCUAAAUGUAAGCCACAUCACAGUAUUAAGCCAUUUCACCUCCAAUUCUACUUGGUACUGUCCCUUUUCUUAGGAGAUAGGCUACACCCACAUGAAGGUGGCAGAGGGCGUGAACUCCCUGCUGCAGAUGGCAGGCCUCCUGGGUCGACUGUGCAGCAAGACGGCCACCCCGGAUACCAGCUAACACCCCACCCACGCCGCCACCCAUCAUCUCAGCACUGUCUCUCCUGGGUUGUGUUCAUUAGGGAAACAAAACAUUUUGCAACAGGAAAUGUAAAUGAGCGUUUCGUAGAUUUUUCUCCAGUUUUGUUCAUAAUGAACACAACCCUGCUUCCACACUCUGACUCAGAGUCCUGGGGAGUUUUCUGUUUAAACAUUUCUGGAUGAAAUACAUUUUGUGUUUAAUGUAAAUACUAUUGAAAAUCACUUCUGUAAUAAAUCAGUGUUUUGUAAUUAUGACUUCUCUGUUAUAGAACACAACAAUGGUCUAUAAAGAGGUUGUAAACUUAAGUUUUUGAAUUAAGGAUUUAUUUAUACAAACUGACAGAUCUUAUCUACAUUUUAAAACUGUUUCUGAGCUCUUUUAUUCAUUUUGUACCACUAGAUGGUGACAGUUACAUAGUAAGACUCCAACAAUCAAAGUACUGUACAUUGUUCCUCUACAUUUUGAGACUCAAGGGAAUUCAUUAUGAAGUAAUCACACGGUUUGGGCAUUUACCCUUAAAUGGCAUUGCUCUGGUAUAGCACAUUGACAUCUGUAUCACUUAGCAUUUAUCCAAGCAUCUCAACAAAGACCGUGAGAAAUCCCUUCCCAUAGUCUACUCGUUGAGCAUGUGGUUUCCAUAUCAGGCAGUUUUGUUCACAUAAACCGGUUCAUCUGUGACAGAGUAAAAGUAUAUUCCUAGUUCAUUACAUUUACAUUUUAGUAAUUUUUGCAGUCAUUUAGCACAGCGUUUCCCAACUCCAGUCCUCUAGUAUCCUCAACAGCACACAUUUUUGUUGUAGCCCCAGACAAAAACCUGAUUUAACUUGUCACAGGUUGAUGAUUAGUUGACAAGUAGAAUCAGAUGUGCUUGUCUGGACCGGAGUUGGGGAAACACUGAUUUAGCAGAUGAUCUUAUCCAGAGUGACUUACAAUUUAGUGCAUUCAUCCUACAUUCGUAGCAGAAGUGUUCUCAUCGUUAUAAAGCACUAUGGUGACUUACCAUCCGCUGACCCCAUUUUCAUUUGCU